GUGAUCGAAACCUCGCUAAGCAAACACCAAGAGUGAGUUUAAAUGUGGUUAUUGUGUCAACAUGUGCGGGAGAAGGAUAGCAGAACACGAGGAGGAACUUUGUGGAAGACAAGAGGAGAAGAACGUCAACUACUGGAAGCUCUUUUCAACAAACAUCAACAAACAGCAGACGUCAGUGAAGAACAUCUUCUUGGAACUUCAGGAUGGAGCAGGAGGAACCACAGCCCCCGUGCAUUAAAGAGGAAAAUGAGGAGCCUCCGCCCUGCCAGAUUAAGGACGAAGAGGGCGAGUUACAGCCCUCCCACUUUGAAAGGGAAGCGAAGGAGCCAUAUACCCCCGACAUUAAAGAGGAAGAAGAACCAAAACCCCUUCACAUUAAAGAGGAAGAGGAGGAACACAGCAUCAGUGAGGAGGGAGAGCAUCUUGAAGGACUGGAGGAGUUCCCAGUGACUGGUGUCCCUGUGAAGAGUGAAGAAGAUGAGGUCAAAGGUGAAAGUGAGGAGAAGAGAGAGGCGGAGCCUCCAAGCAGCAGCUCAAGUCAACACAUGACAACAGAAGGUGAUGGUGGAGACUUAGCUCCACUCUCAGAUAGUGACCACACCACGUCUCACUCUUCUGAGGGCGACGACACCCGAGAAGCUUUGAGCACAGAUUGUGAAGCUAAUGCGAGGACUCACUCUGACAACAAACACUCUCCAUGCACUGAAAAGAAGACGGGUAAAAAAGGAUUUACUUGCUCCGUUUGUGGUAAAAACUUUUCCUUUAAGAGUCGUUUGGCCCAACACAUGCGAUGCCACACAGGAGAGAAACCCUUUAAGUGCUCGGUUUGUGGCAACGUCUUCUCCCUAAAGAGCUAUUUGUCUAAGCAUAUGAAAACACACACGGGAGAAAAACCCUUUAGUUGUUCAGUUUGUGGUAAACGGUUCCCUCAGAAGAUAGGAUUUAUAACACACAUGAGAACGCACACGGGAGAAAAACCCUUCAUGUGCUCAGUGUGCGACAAAAGGUUUUCCCGCAAGACAAACAUGAAAUCGCACAUGAAAACGCACACGGGAGAGAAACCCUUCAGAUGCUCCCUUUGCGAUAAAACCUUCUCUCGUAAGGCAAACAUGAAAUCCCACAUGAUCACGCACACGGAGGAGAAACCUUUCAAAUGCUCCCUCUGCGAUAAAAGUUAUUCAUACAAGACGAGUUUAAUACCGCACAUGUUGUCUCACAGCAGAGCGUAAACGUGUCCCGCUUUUAUGAAGACGUCGUGAAAGUGAGGCGUUUGAUGUCAGAUUCUCUCACGACUCCUGAAAAUGUUGCUUUCUUGCUCUCUUCUUCUCUGAAGUUCGUCCAAUGGGGAUUUUGUAACAUUUCAUUUCAGAGUUGCUAAUAUUGUCCAACUUAAACUAAACAAUACGACUACUAUUAGAACGGCAACUAUGUUAUAUAGAGGUGUAACGCUACACAAAAAGUUUGGUUGGGUACGUACCUCGGUUUAGAGGUCACGGUUCGGUUCAUUUUCGGUACAGUAAGAAAACAACAAAAUAUACAUUUUUUAGUUAUUUAUUUACCAAAUGUGUAAACAAUGGCAUAACAUACAUAUACACACAGGGUCCAUUGCCAGGGUUCAUGUGGUCAACAUAUAUCUAAUAAAAACUAAAUAAGGUAAGGCUCAGAAUGGUUUCUUAAAGGCCUAGCGACCACGCAGUCUGAUAGUUUAUAUAUCAAUGAUGAAAUCUUAACAUUGCAACACAUGCCAAUACGGCCGGGUUAACUUAUAAAGUGACAUUUUACAUUUCCCGCUGAACUUCCAGUUGGAAACGUCUAUGUAUGAUGACGUAUGUAUGAUGACGUAUGUAUGAUGACGUAUGUAUGAUGACGUAUAUAUGAUGACGUAUGUGUGAUGACGUAUGUAUGAUGACGUAUGUAUGAUGACGUAUGUGUGAUGACGUAUGUGUGAUGACGUAUGUGUGAUGACGUAUGUGUGAUGACGUAUGUAUGAUGACGUAUGUAUGAUGACGUAUGUAUGAUGACGUAUGUGUGAUGACGUAUGUAUGAUGACUUAUGUAUG